UUUAAUCCCUUUAUAGAAUGGAACAAUGGAGAACUUGUUAUGACGAAUACACUGGCUAUCCUUAUUACUGGAACAUUUACACCCAGGAAGUUACUUGGAAUCCUCCUUCAGUAGCCUAUUCUUCAACAAGCUCCUUUUAUUCUUUGGCUACGCCCCAACCUCAACAAGAAAAUUUAUCCUCUGGGGCUCCCUUACCUUCUUCAGUGGCCAACACAGAAGAUACUGGUUUAAUUGUAGAAAAAUCUGAGAAAGAGCUUGAAACUUCCGGUCAAACCGGAAAACUUUCUUCUCCUAAUAAAGCAGGUCUUGAACAGGAAUCGAAAGACCAAAAAGAAUCUAUCGAAAAAAGUAAAGAAGAGAUUUUUGAUGAUGUACACCAAGAUGACGUACACCUUCAAUCCCCCAAUGAAAGCAAAAGGAAAAACUUAUUGAAAGUUUUCAAAAAUGAAAAUUCUGAAGAUCUUGCAGCGUCGUUGGCUUUGUCGAUACGCUCCCUCGCACAAAAAACUUCUGGAGGUUCGCAAACCGUUGAGAAGAAUACUAAAUCAGAUGAACUGAACGUCACUCGUUCUCCUUCUCACGAAAAGCUCUCUCAAAGCGCCAUUCCUGAUUUUAUUAAGCCUUCCAGUAAAAGCAUCAACGAAAAAAUUACUGACUUGCUUGAAUGCUUGAAAAAUAUAGCACAAGAAAAUGAUGAAAAAUGGAUAGAACCGGAUGCUGUUCUUCCUAUCGAAGUAAGGACCGAAGAAAAUAUUAUAGAUAGUAAAGGCGAUGGUAUUGAAGAAUUAAUUAAGCGUGUGAAUGAUCUUUUUAACUUUUUUAACGUUGAUCUCACACAUUGCAACGAACUUCUUACUGCGAUGUGGGAGGUGCGCACUAGAACGGAAGACUGGCGUUUGGGCGCAUUGAAUUCAGAUUACUUUAUAAAGUGCAUGCAAAAAACAGCUUCUUUGCUUGAACAGCGUAAAACGAAUACCACCACAGCGCUGCGAGGGCAAGUAGACCACCAGCCGAGGACUAAUAAGCACGUGGACGCACCUGCAAGCCACUCAGAGAGUGUUUUUCAACGGCAAAAGACCGAUAACAAUAAUGAGGGACAGCCUCCGCUUCCACCCCCUCCCUGCCUUUCCCCGCCUGUUGACCCACCACUGCCUUGCGAUCCGCCGCCAGUUAGAGAACCGCUUAUGGUUGCACCGUUGUCACCUAGAAAGCCGCCAUCACCGCCCCACCCAGACGAGAUCACGUGGUCCAACCAAACCAAAUCACGUGCGGGAGAGCACCGACCUUUUAUCAAUCCUGAACGACUGAAGCUUCUUGAACAAAAGCAAUUGGCUGAAAAUCAAAAGAAAAAAAAAGGCCAAGUGAGGAACGCUAAUCUGACGCACAAACACGUGAACACACUGAUUGGCAAAUGGACAGCGGCUAGAGGUUUGGGUGGAUGAUCGGUUCGAAUAAAAGCGGCGAAAAACGGAAUUUUUAAUUUAAUCUCGA